GAGAUCUGACAUGGAAAUUCAACAUUACCUGCGUCGCACUCAAGGCAACAUGACUAAGACGCCGGUGGCUGUGGGUGUGUUAACACAUUCUAUGGCAGAGCAACAUAGUCUUCCUAACACACCAUACAAGAGGGCAGUUGCUGAUAUUGUGAAAUUGCUUAAAAAUGAGACCCAGAAGAUGAACUUAACCAUGGAAGACCUCCUGCCUCCGGUGGACCAGCCCUACUAUCAGUACAGUGGCAGUGUUCCUGGCUCUUGUUCAGAGGAAACGGAGUGGUUGGUAUAUGAAGUAGAGAUGAACACAACCUCUGAACUGCUACACACACUCAGGAUGCAGUCAGACGUGCAAUCUUUCUUUGACAUGGUUCAAGCUUCCUCCGAUAUAUUUUACUCAAACUGGAGUGGAGCAUCAAAUGGCAUUAAACUACAGGCUGCAAAGAUGCAACCCAAUGAGAUAAAUGAAACUUCAUCAGAAAUGGAAACUCCUGAAGCUAACAAGAAUGUCAUGGAGCCUGCAGAGGGCACACUUGGUAUCCUUAUGCCAGUAUCGAAUACAGUGCCCAUUUUCCCAGAGGCAACUCUUGUUGCAUCAGAAGUUAUUAGCAUGAGCCUUCAGAGUGUUGUACCAGUGAGGACAAGAACCCAGAACACAACUUUACCAUUUUCUACUUCAAGAAGCACCACCCAUUCCAAUAUUGACUCGUUAGAAAAGGCACCAUCAAGCAAUGGCUCGAGCACUAACCAAUUAAACAAGGAAAUGUCACAUACUGCCCCAUCAAGUGAGCUACAGACCACUACUUCAUUACACACAAUUACCCCAGUAGACAGUGGGCUAGAAAGCAAUUUCAACAUGCAUGCAAAUGGCACAUCAUCAAGCAGUGGGCUAGAGAGCCCUUUAGUGCACACACAAACUACUGAAACACUGGGUUCCCAAGGAAUGGCACCAGUGCCAAAGCUGUUUGCUUUUGUUGGAGUGAUUGUAACUAUUUUUUUUAUAUUAUAGUUAAGCUGCAUUGUU